AUGGAAUCGAAAAUGAAUGUUCCAAUUUCAGAAAAUAAAACCGCUGAAGUUAGACAGCCAGAUUCAAAUGAAUCGAAGACUGAAAAAAUUAGUGCCCCUUUAACCACCUUGAGUAGUCAUUCUGAUCCCUAUCCGCAUUAUUUCAUGACUUUUGCCAUGGCAUCAUUUGGAUUGCUUGCUACCUCUGGACCACAAGCUAGAGCGACAAAAGAUGUUUAUCAUGUUGCAUUAGCAAGUUUGGGAGCUAUUAGUGCAGUUAGUAACUCAUUGAAAGUUUAUCAAUUACGAACUGGUAAACCAAAAGAUCUUGACAAUAGACGUUUUUCAAGAUUUGUUGAUGAUAUUGUUGGUGGCGAAAUUGAUGAUGGGUUGGAUUGUGGGAGUGGAAUGGAUUUUGUAGAAAAUUAA